AUCUUCUCUUUUGACCCUUUUGUCUGUGAUCUGUUUAAUAUGCCUUGAAUCUCACUAACCCUGGAUGUUUGUUUCCUUCCCUCCUCUCCUCCUCUCCUCUCCUUUGACCUUUGUUCCUCCUCCUCAGACCACGGCCAGAAGGCCCAAGCAGCCCAGCCGGACUGCGGGCACGGCUGGAAAGGGCGCCGCGUCGGGCUCGGCCUCGGCCUCUGCCGGGGAGAUGAGCAGCAGUGAGCCCAGCACGCCGGCACAGACUCCUCUGGCGGCUCCCGUCAUCCCCACCCUCCACUCGCCAGGAAACCUUCCAGCUCCUGGCCCCAGCAAGGAGGAGGAGGCGCUGCGUGGUCAGCUGAAGGACCUGGAGGAGAAGCUGGAGACGCUGAAGAUGAAGCGGACGGAGGACAAGGCCAAGCUGAAGGAGCUGGAGAAACACAAGAUCCAGCUGGAGCAGCUGCAGGAGUGGAAGAGCAAGAUGCAGGAGCAGCAGGCCGAGCUGCAGAAACAACUCAAAGAGGCCAAGAGGGAGGCAAAAGAAGCGCAGGAGGCUAAGGAGCGCUACAUGGAGGAGAUGUCGGACACGGCGGACGCCAUCGAGAUGGCCACGCUGGAUAAGGAGAUGGCCGAGGAGAGGGCGGAGUCUCUGCAGCUGGAGGUCGACUCGCACAAGGAGAAAGUGGACGAGCUCACCAUGGACCUGGAGAUCCUGAAGCACGAGAUCGAGGAGAAAGGGUCGGACGGCGCGGCGUCCAGUUAUCACGUCAAACAGCUGGAGGAGCAGAACGGCCGACUGAAGGAGGCGCUGGUCAGGAUGCGUGACCUGUCGUCGUCAGAGAAGCAGGAACAUGUGAAGCUGCAGAAGCAGAUGGAGAAGAAGAACGUGGAGCUGGACGCUCUGAGGAGCCAGAAGGAGAAACUGCAGGAGGAGAUGUCGGCGGCCGAGAAGACGAUCGACGAGCUGAAAGAACAGGUGGACGCGGCUUUGGGGGCGGAGGAGAUGGUGGAGACUCUGACGGAGAGGAAUCUGGACCUGGAGGAGAAAGUCCGGGAGCUGAGAGAGACGGUCACCGACCUGGAAGCGAUCAACGAGAUGAACGACGAGCUGCAGGAGAACGCCAGAGAGACGGAGCUGGAGCUGAGGGAGAUGUUGGACCUGGGCGGGGCUAAAGUCAGAGAGUCAGAGAAACGCGUCGAAGCCGCUCAGGAGACGGUGGCCGAUUACCAACAGACCAUCCAGAAGUACCGCGAGCUCACAGCUCACCUGCAGGAGGUGAACAGAGAGCUGACCAGCCAGCAGGAGGCGUCGGCGGAGCUGCAGCAGCAGCCGGUCGCAGAGAUGUUUGAUUUCAAGAUUAAGUUUGCAGAGACGAAGGCGUACGCCAAGGCGAUCGAGAUGGAGCUGAGGAAGAUGGAGGUCGGUCAGGCCAACAGACACGUCUCUCUUCUGACCUCCUUCAUGCCCGAGUCGUUCCUCCGUCACGGCGGCGACCACGACUGCAUCCUGGUGCUGCUGCUCAUCCCCAGACUCAUCUGCAAGGCGGAGCUGAUCAGCAAACAGGCUCAGGAGAAGUUCGACCUGAACGAGAGCUGUGUGGAGCGAGCCGGGAUGAAGGGAGCGGCCGGCGAGCAGCUGAGCUUUGCAGGCGGUUUGGUUUACUCGCUCUGUCUGCUGCAGGCCACGCUGCAUAAAUAUGAACAAGCUCUGACUCAGUGCAGCGUGGACGUCUACAAGAAGAUCGGUACUCUCUACCCGGAGAUGAGCGUCCACGAGCGAUCUCUGGAUUUCCUCAUCGACCUGCUGCACAAAGACCAGCUGGACGAGACGGUCAACGUGGAGCCGCUCACCAAGGCCAUCAAAUACUAUCAGCACCUGUACAGCAUCCACCUGGCAGAUCAGACUGAGGACUGCACCAUGCAGCUGGCCGAUCACAUCCGAUUUACCCAGAGUGCCUUGGACUGCAUGGCGGUGGAGGUGGGUCGUCUGCGGGCGUUCCUGCACACCGGUCAGGAGAAGGCGGACCUCGCCGUGCUGCUGAAGGACCUGGAGACGUCCUGCAGCGACAUCCGACAGUUCUGCAAGAAGAUCAGGCGCAGGAUGCCGGGAACGGACGCGCCGGGGAUCCCUGCUGCGCUCAACUUCGGACUGCAGGUGUCAGACACGCUCUCAGACUGCAGGAAACACCUGACCUGGGUGGUUGCCGUGCUGCAGGAGGUGGCAGCAGCCGGAGCUCAGAUGAUGUCGCCGCUCGGCGAGCAGGAGGGGCUGGCGGCCGUCAAACUGGAGGAUGUGGCGUUCAAGGCCGGAGAGCAGAUUUACGGAUCGCAGGGAGCCAACCCGUACGAGUAUCUGCGUCAGUCCUGUGGCAUGGUCAUAGCAACCAUGAACAAGAUGGCCACCGCCAUGCAGGAGGGAGAAUACGACUCUGAGAAGCCUCAAAGCAAGAAUCCUCCUCCUGUGGACGUGCGGUCUGCGGCCCUCCGGGCUGAGAUCACCGACGCAGAGGGUCUCGGUUUGAAGCUGGAGGACAGAGAGACGGUCAUCAAAGAGCUGAAGAAGUCUCUGAAGAUCAAGGGGGAGGAGCUGAGCGAGGCGAACGUCCGUCUCAGCCUGCUGGAGAAGAAGCUGGACAGUUCGUCCAAAGACGCAGACGAGCGCGUUGAAAAGAUUCAGACCCGACUGGACGAGGCGCAGACGCUGCUGAAGAAGAAAGAGAAGGAGUUCGAGGAGACGAUGGACGCUCUGCAGGCCGACAUCGACCAGCUGGAGGCGGAGAAGGCGGAGCUGAAGCAGAGAAUCAACAGCUCCUCCAAGAUGACCGUCGACGGGCUGAGAGGAACCGGCCCGUCGGGAAUCGCCUCCAUCGUCACGGGAAUAUCAGGAGAGGAACAAAAAGCGAACAUGAUCUCUGGCGUCGGUUCCGGCUCGGGCGUCCAGGUGAUCGACUCUCCUCUGCUGACUCAGCAGAUCGAAGCUCAGAGACUCUGCAUCAAACACCUGAAGAACGACAACAACCGACUGAAGGCAGAGAAGAUGCGUGCUCAGCUCGCCGCUCUGCCUCCUCUUCACGUGACCAAACUUCCCUCGAAAGACGGUCGGCCUGAAGUGCUCUCCAGCGCCCUCUACCGCAAAACGGACCAGCUGCUGGAGACUCUGCUGCAGAUGAGCGCCAACGUCAAGGUGGUCGACAUCACGGGGAAAUCUCCAGUGACUCCUGGUGCUCAGCUGCUGGAACAGACGGCAAGAUUACAGUCACUCAGUGACACACUGGGCCGACUGAAGGAUGAAGUAGCGGAGCACGUCGUCAACCAUCAACCCGGCGCUCGAAUCUCGUCUGAUUUCGCAACUUUUCCUUCGACCACGUUUGUGAAGGCGAAGGAGGAGAAGCAGGGCGACGCGGUCCUGGUGGGUCGGGUCAUGCUGCCGUGCGCCCGCGGUCAGGAGCAGGUCCAUCGACUCGUCCUGUCACAGAAUCAGCUGCAGAGAGUUCACAGUCUGCUGAAGACCUGACGGACACCUGAUCCCUGAACCCUCAUCUUCAUCAUCAUCUUCAUCCUCCUCAGCUUAGCAGUCUGGUUUCCACUCCACGGCCAAACAAGGGAAACCAGGAAGUAUUUAAAAAAACACUACUGUGAUCAUAACCUGCAGGAACGUAUAUUUAAUCGUAUUUAUAAAAGAGUCAGGACCGAGUCUGAUCUCAAGAUCACUUUGGAGGUUCAAUAUUUGGACUGAAACGAAAUCCUUAAAGUCGAAUCAAUCAAUCUGUCACUGAUCCAUAAAUCUUUAAAUUAGAAACCGUUUUAUCUGAAGAUGCCCCUUUAGUGACAUCAUAAUGUGCACAGUGAGGAGGUUCCUGGUUUGAAUCCCUGUCUGACAGGAGCCUCUCUGUGUGGAGUUUGCAUGUUCUCUCCGGCUUCCUUCCACAGUCGUGCUCGUUAGGUUAACUGCUCGUAUGUGAGUACAAUACAUGUGAGGAUUUUAAAGGAACAAAAAAACACUUUGAAGUGUCUCCUCUUCCUCUUCCUGUGAAACCUGAACAACCCAUCGAUGAUCUAAAUCAAAGACAAACACGUUUUAAACUUUAACCUUCAGAGUGACCUUCAUCAGACUGCUGUUCUCCUGACACAAGCUCCGCAAAGCUGUACCGGUAACUUCUAGAUCAGUCGAGGCCGUGAUCCUCGCCGCACGCUGCACAGAUUCACUACAUUUGAUUUUGCACAGAGUCGUUCUAAUCAGCUGCAGGAGGGGGGAGGUUUGCUUUCUAUGUUUCACUCUCUGCUCUGAUAUUUCACAGCACACAGGAGGAGGAGGGUCAUGUUUACGUUUCUAUCAGGUGUCACUGUUUUUAAAAAGCUCACUGUUUAAAGGGAGAGAAGAACUGUGAGGGGUUAAAUGUAGAUUUGUUCAUUAGGAGCGAGUAGAAGGGCUUCGUACUGUUGGUUUGAUCAAAGAGACUUUUUGCACAUUUUACAAAACGAGAGAAACAACAGAGGAGAAUAAAAGCUGCACGUUCUCUUCACUGCUCCACUGAUCGACUAAUUUAGUAUUUUUUUAUUUGCACAGUAAGGGAAAA